AAAUAAUAUCUUUUUUAUAAAAAUGUAGCAUUAUUUAAAUUCUUGACUGUUGGUAAUACUACUAAUUUUGGAAAAUGGCUACAGCAGCUGCACCUGCACAAUGAUCUAGACUAGACAACAAACCAUGCGGUGUUAAUAAUAAUAAUUGUUGUAAGUUUAGCAAUCGCAUAAAACUGUAAAAUGGAACCAAACCAAGAAGUUGCGGAGUUCCAAUCCUCUCUUCGUCAGUGGGAGGAGGAUCACCAAGGCACCACCUAUGAUCCAGUUCCUAUGCUGACAAGAAUGGCAGAGUUAAUUGAGCUAGAAUCUGAACAUUACAUGAAAAAAGAUCCAGAUCCAUUCGACGAAAGGCAUCCGUCAAGAGUUGAUCCAACCUGUGCUUUGGGACAGAUGCUCAAAGUCUUGUUCAGAAAAGAUAAUUUCAUGACUAAGCUUGUUAAUGAUUAUCUGCGUGACAACUACUGGACACGACUUGGCCUAAAUGAGAGGGAUGUUAGGAAGUUGAAUGUUGCAGCUUGCAGGCUAAUAUUGGACAUAAUGCCUGGUCUUGAAACAUCUGCUGUAUUUGAAACGCCCACAAAUGAUGCCUUGGUGAAUCGGCUAUACUCAUGGGCUACAAGCUCUUCCGAGCCCCUCCAGACUUACGCCACAGGGCUACUCGCUGCAGCCAUGGAAGUCCAAGAUAUUGCUGCUGCAUUCAGGGAACAGAACGGCAAACUGGUCCCUCUAAUGCUGGAGCGUCUGCACAGACUGCAGAAAGAAGCGAUGCAAGAAAAGUAUCCGAUGGUGUCUCCCAGCACUGGCACAAAUCGACCUUUCGCCAACCUCGGACAAAUGGACAGAGACAAAGGCGGCGACAGUACACCCUGUCAUAGGAAAGGCCGUGGAAAACAAAAACCGAACAAUCAAGAAUCGCACACCUAUGAGACCACUGAUGACCCAAUGGAAAAUGGUAGUGACGCACCAGAACUUAGUAGCACUGUUAUGGUCACUCCGCCCAAAAUCAAUGGAUCAGUGAGAAGGAGCUCUGAUUCUGAAUCGUUGGUGGGCAGACGCAAAAGCAUGGACUGCGGCAUGUCGAGUCCGCCGACGCAUGCGCAGCUGCGACCGUCUGCCGCGCAUGUGCACGCGUCGCCGUUCAACGUGUCCGACUGCAGCAACUCGUCGUGGGUCGAGAUGGAGUCCUACGUCAUCGGAAACGUCCAAAUGUUCCCACCCAUCCUCGUCACACGACAGAUAUUCAUCCUCAAGUACCUAACGCCCAUGGGUGAAUACCAAGAGUUUCUUAGUCACGUGUUCGAAAAAAACGCUUUAGAAUUAAUCCUACAAUUUAUCAAUCUUAGAGAAUCGAAACAUGCAAGACUGGCGUUUGAAGCAUUGAAAUAUCUAGCAUCUUUAUUGUACCACAAAAAGUUCUCCAUUGAAUUCAUCAACAUGAAUGGACUACAGAAACUGUUGGAAGUGCCAAGACCUAGUAUAGCAUCCACUGGUGUGUCAAUAUGUCUUUAUUACCUUGCCUAUUGUGAAGAUGCAAUGGAGAGAGUAUGCCUUUUACCUCAGCACAUACUUUCUGAUUUAGUUAGAUAUGCUUUAUGGUUGUUGGAAUGCUCUCAUGACUCCGGGAGAUGUCACGCAACCAUGUUCUUUGGGGUGUCAUUCCAAUUUAGAAUAAUAUUGGAGGAAUUUGAUGCUCAAGAUGGCCUUCGGAAGCUUUAUAAUCUGAUGAGCAUGCUGCCGAUUCUGUCGCCCGACGACCGCAACUAUGUGCUGAAUGAGGACGAGGACUGCGCGGCGCGCCAGAUUGUGCGUCACGUGUGCGUCGCACUCAAGCGCUACCUGGAGGCGCACCUCUAUGUGCGCGCCGAACAGCUGCGCCGUGCGCACAUGCGCGAAUCCAACUCCGAGCACCACAAGAUGCAGAGCACACUGCCCAGUUACAAGGCUGUUCGUAGUACGCCGGAGGAAGUGAGAGAGCAGAUAAGUGUGCUGCUGGAGCUGAUGCCUUUCCGCGCGCACUGGCAGCCGGUCGACCAACUGCUGCGACUCGGAGGCAUCUCACUCCUCCUCCAGGUCAUCACCUUCUCCUACGACUGGAACUUCGCUGGAAGGUAUUGUUGUUCAUCAUUCAAAAGUAAAACAUUUAAAAGGGCUGUUCGUAGUACGCCGGAGGAAGUGAGAGAGCAGAUAAGUGUGCUGCUGGAGCUGAUGCCUUUCCGCGCGCACUGGCAGCCGGUCGACCAACUGCUGCGACUCGGAGGCAUCUCACUCCUCCUCCAGGUCAUCACCUUCUCCUACGACUGGAACUUCGCUGGAAGAAUGGAAACAGUGCGCAGUGCGUUGGAUGCGCUAAGCAUAUGCGCAGUGAUGCCGAACGUGCAGCUGGCGUUCUGCGAGCGACUCGAGUCGCCCGACCAAACCAACAAGGUCGGACUCAACGUCAUCCUGAACGCCGCCGAGGGAGAGAUCGUCGUCGACCCCGACGUGCAGAGGGCAGCGCUCGGUGUCCUCAUAACCUGUGUCUGUGCUCCCGUCUACAGGGGUGGAGGAUGUAUUGCAAGAUACUCAGCGAGCGGAUCUGCCAAAAAGAAGACCCAGAAUAUGAAAAAUAGUGAAGAAAUUAUUAAUAAAGUAUGGGAAGUUGUACGGUCGAAUAACGGAAUAAUGGUGCUACUGCAGUUGAUGAUGGUGAAGAUUCCACUGACAGACGCAGACUCGAUCAGGAGCAUGGCUUGCGAGGCACUGUGUGGUCUCGCCCGGAGUGAGACCGUCCGCCAAAUCAUCAGCAAACUGCCCAUUCUAACAAAUGGACAUUUGCAAAGUCAUAAGGUCAAUGCUUAUGUGACUCGCUCCAAAAGGAAGUAUGUUCAGAUGAUUUUGUUUUUGGCUGCGAACAUCAUAGCGCAAACGCGGAUCCAGUUCAACGACAAACAGCUGUUUCAGCUGUUGCAACAGCACCUGAUCUCGCACGGCAUGCUGGAGUCAGCUGCCACACUGCAGAGGGAGGCGGGGCUGCCUCCGCCCCCCGCCCCCAAGCCUCCCCUGCCCGCCACAUUCCUGUCACCCUUCACCUAUCAACAGCGCAGUCCAGGCCAGCCGCAGAGGUCAAGGUCUUCAUUAUCGCGGGAGAAUCCACUACAUAGAAUAGCGCCAUCUACUCAGACGUCGGAUCUUGCGUCGCCCUCCACCAGUCCACUGCGAGCCGGGUUCAGUGUUAGGGGAACCGCCUCUCCCUCCUCCUCCUCCACCUCAAUUUCCUCCCCCGCCAAUCAGCCCAUCAAGUUGACCAUUGUCAACAACAAACGCAGUGAAAUGAAGUUGACAGCAGCGCAAGCGCAGUCGAGCUCGAGGUCGCUUGAGAAGCAGAUGAGAUGCGAGCCAGGCCAGCAGCCCGGGCAUACGUCACUGGCGCCGCAACACGUCACGCUCGACUCCAUCAUCACCGAGUACCUCACCAAUCAGCAUGCGCUCUGCAAGAAUCCCAUUGUCACAUGUCCGCAGUUCAAUCUGUUCGAGCCUCACAAAUGUCCAGACCCGAGUGCAAGGAACAGUGCUCCUGUCAACUUUGCAGUGAGGUGGUCGAAAGGCAUCAAUUCCGACCGCCUCAAUCAGAGGCUUGUCCACUCAAGGUUCUGUCCGGCAAAAACCUUCAGGCUGGUAGACGAAGAUGGAUUUUUUACCUGCUGCGAGUUCCUUGCAAAAGAUAAACACGUUUUAAUUGGAACACAUCAGGGAGAUGUGAAACUAUACAACACCCUUACUGGAAAUGAAGAGGCAACUUACCAGUGUCACGAGUCUUACAUUUCCAAUAUUCAGUCCAAUAGAGAUAGUUCUUUGAUUUUGACGUCAUCAACAUUUUGGCCAUUAUCAGCAUUAUGGAAAGUUGAUAAUGGAUUUAUAAAGCAGUUUGCCAUGGAUGAUGAUGAUUACGUCGAAUUUAGUAAAUAUAGGCAGGAUAAAAUAAUAGGAACUAAAAGUGAAACUGCUACGAUCUACGACAUAACGACGGGCAGGAAGAUAAUGACGCUGCAGCCGAGCAAGUCGAACGAGUAUGACAAGAACAGAGCCACGUUCAGCCCGACCGACGAGCUGGUUCUCUCCGACGGAGUGCUGUGGGACAUCAACUCGGGCAAGGAGAUCCACAAACUCGACAAGCUCAAUCAGACGCUUAGCGGGGUCUUCCAUCCCAAUGGACUCGAGGUUGUGUCGAACACAGAGGUGUGGGACCUGAGGACGUUCCAUUUGCUGAGAACAGUCUCCUCGUUGGACCACUGCGAGGUGAUAUUCUCACCAACUGGCACGGCCAUCUAUGCCGUCUCACUCGAACAGGAGACCGACGAAGAAUCCAACUACGAGUCCUCUUUCAAGACCCUCGAUGCCCGCGAUUACUCCAGCAUAGCUACAAUCGAUGUUAAGAAGAGCAUCUACGAUUUAGCAGUCAAUCGGCUCGACACUCAGAUCUUAAUUGUGGAGAAUCAAGGCAUGUUUGAGAAUGUGCAGGAAUCGACUGUGAGACUUUAUGAUGUCGGCCGCAGAAGGGUCGAUGAAGAUGAAGUGGAUGAUGAAGAAGAAGAGGAAGAACUUGAUGGAAGCGAUGAUAAUUCUACACCCGAUUCUCCUUCUGAAGAUGAACAGGGAGAUGUGUCAGCCGGUGACCUAAUGGAAUUUGUUGAUGGCGAUGAUGACGACGACGAUGAUGAUGAAGAUGAUGACGACGAUGAUGGGGAUGGAGAUGACGAUGAUGGUGAUGGAGAUGAUAAUGAUUUCGUAUUAGUUGAUGAUGAUGCUAAUCCUGCGUCGCCUGAUGCCGCAAGUGACGAUGAUGAUGAUGAUGAUGACGAUGACGACACGUUCAUUGUGAACGUCUAGUCAUUUGUCAAGUAAGGAAGAAGAACAUCGACUAGAUGUUGACUCUUUUACCAACUAGACAAGCUCACAAUAUUAUUCAAAACAUAUAAUCUUCCAAUGUGGAAUUUUCGAAUUACGUUUUAAUGUCGAACAGUUGCUGAGACACUAUUUUAUUGAACGGAGAUGAACUUUGAUUGACGUUUUUCAAACCGGUUAUAAGUACUUUAUGCUAAAUAUCAUGUUGAUAUUAGGGAAGUAUUGCAUCUUUUCCAAUAUAUGACUUGUAAAUAGUUUUUGGUUUAAAUAUAGAGGACUUUCUGUUGUUUGUUAUAAUAAAAAAGAACACAUGUUUAUGGCACUAUUUUCGUGUGUCAGUUAUUUUUCAAUAAAUAAUAAACCUUCAAGCUUA